UCCUCAUCUACCUCCACGGAGGCGGCUUCAUCCUCUACCACCCUUCCACGAUCUUCUUCCACCACUCCUGCAACUCCCUAUCCGCCUCCCUCCCCGCCGUCGUUGCCUCCGUCGACUAUCGCCUCGCGCCGGAGCACCGUCUCCCAGCUGCAUACGAUGACGCAAUCGAUGCCAUUAAAUGGGCCCAUGCCCAGGCACAAAACCCGGCCCAAUCUGACCCAUGGCUCCGCGACUACGUCGAUUUUGAUAAAACCUUCUUAAUGGGAAGCAGCGCUGGUGGAAAUAUAGUGUACUUCGCAGGUCUACGUGCACUCGACCUUGAUCUCUCGCCGUUGAAUAUUCGAGGGAUGUUAAUGAACGUUCCUUAUUUUAGUGGGACCCAGAGGUCAAACUCGGAGCUUCGCUGGGUCAACGAUCGGAUUCUGCCCCUGCCCGCAAAUGACCUUAUGUGGGCGUUGUCGCUGCCCGAGGGGGCUGACCGCGAUCACGAGUAUUGCAAUCCGACGGCUGCGGAUGCGGUUCACGGAGAAAAGAUCGGACGGCUACCGAUGUGUUUUGUGAACGGGUACGGCGGGGAUCCUUUGGUGGACAAGCAGAGGGAGUUAGUUGGGCUGUUGAAGGCACGUGGGGUGCACGUGGUUGCUCAUUUUGCGGACGAUGGGUUCCAUGCUGUGGAGUUAUUUGAUCCUGAGAAAGCAAAGGCUUUGGGUGAAAAGAUCAAAGGUUUCAUUCAUGCAGCUACUUCUAAAUCUACUUUGUGAUUUGAUUUGUUAACAUGUUAACGUGAUGUAUGUGAUAGACUCGCUAUGAAUAAAAAAUGUAUGGAAUUCUAGUUAAA